ACUGAGAGGGCGCAUUCAACGCCGAGCGCUGGGCCAGAGAGGCCGCGGAAAAGCCCCCAAAGACCCAAAACAACACUCGAAAAAUAGAACAAAAGCCGCAACACAAACAAACACACACACACCGAAAAACGGGAAAGAAGAAAAUAAAACCAAAAAGAGUUUGAACAAAUUAACGCUAUGUAAAAGCUCGCGAUAAACGAACCAAAAUUUUGACAAGUGUCGCCAGUGGUCGGUCGGUCGGUCGGUUGGUUCGCCUCCGCUCCACUAUUAAAUAUUUAACGGGAUCACAACGGCAGCUGGUGCCCGCCGGCCGCCUGCCAGCCCACAACGAGAUGUCGCCGCCAAUUAGCACGGCGGUGCAGCGUCGCCGGCAGCUGCUGCACAGCGUUGAAAGUUUGCGCGGUCGUGUACGUCAAGUGCUAAAAUGUGUUAUUAAUUUGCAUAUUGAGUUUUUGGUGCUCGAAUCCGAUGUGGCCGCUUUGCUGGACGAGGUGCGGGCCCUGAACGAUGACUACGAGGAGAUGCAGCGGUUGGAUAGGCUGAUCGAGGCACUGCGCGACUAUGGCGGUCCUACGAUAUGCCACGAAUGGCCAUUUCCUUUGAUAUUCAAAGGCACAAUCGACGAGGCACACGUAGCACAAAUACUCAACGGAAGCAGCGAGCUGGAAGUGGCUUCCAGCGGCGGCACGGAGUACAUCCAGCUGGCGUCUAAGGCCUCUACGAUGUCCAAGAAGAAGCAGCAGAAGACUGCAGUCAGCUGAUUGAAACUGUAAUGCAACUGAACAAAAUAUAAUUAAAAACUAUACUUUAA